UAAAAUUAUCCACUUUCAACCGUAUAAUGAUACAUAUCCAGAUUCCUUUAAAAAAAAAUUGGUAAUCAUCCAGAUAAAAACCAUUCAAACAAAGGAUAUUCACUGCUUAUACGAUAAACAUAAUUUUUUAUGGAUAAGAAUGAAUACAAAUUUAAUGUAAUUUUACCAUGCUAUAUAAGAUCCCGACACUACUUCAUUCUGAAACACACUGAGCAAACAAUUCACAAAUAAACAUGGCUUCCCAAAAAUAUUUUGUGUACGUUUCUUUGUUACUUUGUUUUAUUUUCUUAGUCACUAAUGCAGUUGAAGUAACUCAUGAUGGAAGAGCCAUCAAAAUUGAUGGAAAAAGAAGAGUUCUUAUUUCUGGAUCAAUUCAUUAUCCUAGAAGCACACCUCAGAUGUGGCCUGAUUUGAUUAAAAAAGCUAAAGAAGGUGGAUUGGAUGCAAUUGAAACAUAUGUUUUUUGGAAUGCACAUGAACCAAUUCGUCGUGAGUAUGAUUUUAGUGGCAAUAAUGAUCUCAUUAGAUUUCUCAAGACUAUUCAAGAUGAAGGACUUUUUGCUGUGCUUCGCAUUGGCCCUUAUGUUUGUGCUGAAUGGAAUUAUGGAGGAAUUCCUGUGUGGGUUCACAAUCUUCCUGGCGUCGAGAUUAGGACGGCAAAUAAAGUCUAUAUGGAUGAAAUGCAAAAUUUCACUACUUUGAUUGUGAAUAUGGUACAAAAGGAGAAACUUUUUGCUUCACAAGGUGGUCCCAUAAUUCUAUCUCAGAUUGAGAAUGAGUAUGGGAAUGUUAUGUCUGUUUAUGGGGAUGAUGGUAAAGCUUAUAUAGAUUGGUGUGCUAAGAUGGCUGAGUCGUUCAACAUUGGUGUCCCAUGGAUUAUGUGCCAACAACCUGAUGCUCCUCAACCAAUGAUCAAUACUUGUAAUGGAUGGUAUUGUCAUGACUUUGAGCCCAAUAAUCCUAAUAGUCCCAAGAUGUGGACUGAAAAUUGGGUUGGCUGGUUCAAGAACUGGGGUGGGAAAGAUCCACAUCGAACUACAGAAGAUGUUGCCUAUUCAGUGGCAAGGUUUUUUGAAACCGGAGGCACAUUCCAAAACUACUAUAUGUAUCAUGGUGGAACUAACUUUGGUAGAACAGCUGGUGGACCAUACAUUACCACUUCAUAUGAUUAUGAUGCCCCUCUUGAUGAAUAUGGAAACAUUGCACAACCAAAAUGGGGUCACCUAAAAGAACUUCACAUGGUUUUGAAGUCAAUGGAGAAUAGUCUUACUAAUGGAAACGUAUCUAAAACUGAUUUAGGAAACUAUGUGAAGGCUACUAUUUAUGCAACAAAUGGUUCAUCAAGUUGCUUCUUGACCAACAGCAACACUACCACAGAUGCCACGGUAACAUUUAGAGGAAAUACAUAUAAUGUUCCUGCAUGGUCUGUCAGUCUUCUUCCUAACUGUCAAACUGAAGAGUAUAACACUGCCAAGAUAAAUGUUCAAACAUCCAUCAUGGUAAAGAGAAAAAACAAAGCUGAAGAUGAACCAAAGGGUUUGAAGUGGGUAUGGAGAGCAGAGAAUGUUCAUAGUGCUCUGUUGGGGAAAUCAAAUGUCUUUCAAAAUACAAUUGUUGAUCAAAAAAAUGUUGCUAAUGAUUCCAGUGACUACCUUUGGUACAUGACAAGGCUUGAUAUUGAUCAUAAGGAUCCAGUUUGGACAAAAAAUAUGACUCUUAGGAUUAAUGGCACUGGCCAUGUAAUUCAUGCAUUUGUCAAUGGAGAACAUAUUGGUUCCCAUUGGGCUACAUAUGGAAUUCACAAUGAUCAAUUUGAGACUAAACUAAAGUUGAGGCAUGGCAGGAAUGAUAUCAGUCUUCUUAGUGUUACCGUAGGACUUCAGAAUUAUGGGAAAGAAUUUGAUAAAUGGCAAGAUGGACUUGUUAGUCCUAUCGAGAUUAUUGGUAAAAAUGGUGAUGAGACCAUAAUUAAAGAUCUAUCAUCACACAAGUGGACAUACAAAGUAGGGUUACAUGGUUGGGAAAACAAUUUCUUCAGUCAAGAUUCACUCUUUGCAUCUUCCAAAUGGCAAUCUCAUCAUCUACCCAUUAAUAGGAUGUUCACUUGGUACAAGACAACUUUCCAACCUCCUCUAGGAUCAGACCCUAUUGUGGUUGACUUGCAAGGUAUGGGAAAAGGUUAUGCUUGGGUGAAUGGUCAUUCUCUUGGUCGAAUUUGGCCUAGUUAUAAUGCAGAUGAAGAUGGUUGUAGUGAUGAUCCUUGUGACUAUCGUGGUGAAUAUACCGACACAAAAUGUGUUACCAAUUGUGGCAAACCCUCACAAAGAUGGUACCAUGUUCCUCGUGACUUUAUUGAAGAUGGUGUGAACACAUUAGUUUUGUUUGAGGAAAUUGGUGGUAAUCCAUCACAAGUAAAUUUCCAAACAGUUAUUGUUGGAACUGCUUGUGGAAAUGCCUAUGAAAAUAAGACAUUGGAAUUGUCCUGCCAUGGUCGUUCUAUCUUGGAUAUAAAGUUUGCAAGUUUUGGCAAUCCACAAGGUGUAUGUGGAUCAUUCACUAAGGGCAAUUGUGAAAGUAUUAAUGAUUCUUUGUCCUUUGUGAAAAAUGCAUGUGUUGGCAAGGAUUCAUGCUCCAUUGAUGUUUCAGAAAAAACAUUUGGGCCAACAAACUGUGGAAAUAUGGUGAAGAGGCUAGCUGUUGAGGCUAUUUGUGAGGACUUAUAGUAGGAUACAUAAAUUAUAGGAUCUAGUUUAGGAGUUAUUUAGAUUUUCUUUAAUUUUGGUGAUCUUUGCAAGUUUAAAUAAAGUUUAUGAAGUUGAAACUCUUCAUGUUUUUCAUUAUGAAAAUAUAAAUAGAAUUAGCCAUUAUAUAUUUA